AGCGUCUUUCUCCGCUGCCCUUCCCCUCUCUCCGCAUCCAGCCUCCGUGUGGUGACCUUGGAGGCGGCCUGGCGUGGAGUAUAUAGCGCCUGCCCGGCCACAGUGAGCCACAGACGAAUUCAAUCGCCACACAGCCAACAUGAACCCUCUCAUUCUUGCUUCCCUCCUGACGGUGGCUGCCGCGGCGCCCCAGUACAUCUCCGGGCCGCCCCCAUCCCCACAGUACACCUCUCCUCCUUCCUACGGCCCCGCCCCUGUGCCAAUACUGAGGGAUGACCGCCAGAGCCCAGAUGCCUACGGAAACUAUAACUUCAAUUUUGAGACCGGUGAUGGAAUUAGCCGUCAAGAACAGGGCUCCCCGCAGGGUCCCAAGGGCGCCGUGGCUACCCAGGGUGGAUGGUCCUUCACCUUCCCUGACGGCACCCCCGCUGUCUUCUCCUUCGUGGCUGACGGUGCUGGUUACCGCGUGGAGUCUGACCUUCUACCCACGCCCCACCCACUGCCCGCCCACGCCCUUGCGCAGAUUGAGAAGGCACGCAGGGAGGACGCCGCCGCCGCCGCCGCCCCCUCCAACCAGUAUUCGGAGCCCGCCCCUCAAUAUUCCAUCUAUUCAAACUACGCCUUGAUUUUCGCCCUUCCCGCCCUCCAGCCCUCCACACCCCGGCCUGACCCACUUCCAGGGGCGGGGUCAGACAGGUCAAGGCCGAGGUCACGAGAGAGCACGCUGGUCAUGACACAGGGGAUUGAGGGUAGGGGUGUGAGGGGCGGGACGACACUGGCCUGUGCUUCCGACAACAUGACCUGGAAACUUCUUCUCUCCGCGGCGGUGGUGGCGGUGGCGGCGGCGUCCAGGCUGCCCUCCACCUCCUAUGGGACACCAAACAGGGGCCAGGCGGGAGGUUCCUUCGGCGGCGGCUCCGGGGGACACUCAGGCGGUCAGGGUGGGCAUGGCGGGGCUCUGGGUGGUGGUUUCGGCGGCUCUGGAGGUCACGGCGGGGCUCAGGGAGGAGGGUUCACAGGAGCCGCUAGUGGAGGAAGCUACGGCGGGGCUCAGGGCAGCGGCAGCGGCGGCGGCAGAGGUUUCGGUGGUGCCGCGUCUCACGGCGGGGCUCAGGGCGGCGGCAGCGGCGGCGGCAGAGGUUUCGGUGGUGCCGCGUCUCACGGCGGGGCUCAGGGCGGCGGCAGCGGCGGCGGCAGAGGUUUCGGUGGUGUCGCGUCUCACGGCGGGGCUCAGGGCGGCGGCUUCGGAGGCUCCGCAGGUCAUGGUGGUGCACAGGGCGGAGGGUUCGGGGGAGCCGCAGCCGGAGGAAGUUAUGGAGGAGCUGCUGGAGGAGGCUUCAGAGGCACCACCGGCAGCAGCUUUGGAUCAGCUGCUGGAAGAGGCUUUGCAGGAGGCUCAGGAGGUUCUGGUGCAGGAUCCUACGGACAGCCCUCAGGCCCCGUGAUCCCCAUCCUGGUGGACGAGCGGGACGGGCCCCACGCUGACGGCACCUACAGCUUCAACUUCGAGACCGGCAACGGCAUCUCCCGCCAGGAGCAAGGAUACCCGCAGGGUCCCCAGGGCGCCGUGGCGUCCCAGGGCGGCUGGUCCUUCACCUUCCCUGACGGCACCCCCGGCGUGUUCAACUUCGUGGCUGACGAGAACGGUUACCGCGUCGAGUCUGACCUCCUGCCCACGCCCCACCCGCUGCCCGCCCAUGCCAUCGAACAGAUCGAAUUCGCCCGCCAACAGGAGGCGCAAGGAAUCUCGUACGGCGGCCAACAGGGAGGAUCCUCCGGUGGUGGCUUCGGUGGGGCUGCUGGUGGCAGUCAGGGAGGUUCCGGCGGCUUCGGAGGCUCCUACUCCAGCGGCAGCGCAGGCCAGGGCGGCAGCUUCGGAGGCGCCGGCGGCUCCCACUCCUCAGGGUUUGGAGGGUCUUCAGGAGGCUUCGGCGGCGCCCAAUCCGGAGGCUUCGGCGGGGCUGGCUCUGGCUCAGGCUUUAGCGGCUCCUCGGGUGCUGGUUCCGCAUCUCGCCCCGCCCCCAGCAGGACCUACGGCUACCCUUAAGCCUCCCCCGUCCCACCAGGCCCUCCUCCACCACAAGACUCCACCACAGACCCCACUCCACUCCCUUCCCGUCACUUUCCUCUAUUUAUUCUCCCCUGCCACUCUCCUCACCUCUUCUAUGCAUGUCUCUCAGUGUUUCAUAACCUUCCCUCCUGAGUCUCCCUAUAGUUCCCCGUUACCCUAUUAUUACGCUUACUUGGCCAAGAAUUAGUGUUAAGCGCAACUUACGUGCAGAAUAAUAAGAUGGAAUGAGAA